CAUCUUUAGACACUGAUCACAUCCUCUCUCAGUAUUCUUCUCUUCAGGCUGGGGGACAGGCAGGAGGGAGCUGCUGAGAGCCCUGUGGCCCCCGAGGGCCCUGUGGUCCCCAAGAGCCCUGCAACCCCCCAGGAGUCACCGAAACGAGUGUGUCACAAUCAGGGUGGCACUUCGGAACACAGCACCGGAACACUGCACCAUCAUGAUGACUGCUGCAUCCAUCGCCUCCACGGACGUGGGGCUGCUGCUGCAAGAUGAUGUUUUUGUGGACUUUUUCAACACCUUUCUGAACCUUCCCGUUUUUGGCCAGACACCUCUUUACAUCAGUGGCACGGGCCAGUGGUACCUGUGGCCAGAGCUCCCGAGCCACCUGGAUCCCAGCCCCGAGGCUUUACUGGCUUGGCUGGAAAAGCACAGGCUGCCUCACUUCUGCAAAUCCAGCCUGUGCCUCCACCUCGUCCUCUGCCAGAAGCUGCUGGCUUUCAUUCGCUCGGGGGAAGCAGCAGAGCUCCUGAACUGGCAGGGUGCUGACCAGUGGCUGCUGGAGAGGUGCAUCAGCGGGAGCCACGGCAUGCGGCACUUCCUCACCUUCAUCCGAGGAACUGCAGGGGAAGAACUGAUCGACUUCUGGCUCAUCACUGAAAGGCUUCUGGGUCUGGACGAGUCAGAUGGGAGUCAGAGGGACCUGUUCUUGUCCCUGCUUCAGAGGCUGAGAGCCACUCACCUGCGCGAGGGCUCCAGCGUCGUCACCCUCUGCACCACCAUCCUUGGAUCUCUGCCGAAAGCCAGGCACAUCCAGGCCCUCAGCACCAGGAGGGAGAUCCUGAGCAAGAUGCAGGAACAGGCCCUUUCUAUGAUCCAGAGUUACUGGCUCCCUAAAUUCUUCGUGCACUGCAGGAUGGGAAUGGAGGAAGAGGAAUCGUGCCAGCCUUUGCUCCAGGAAUAUCAGGAACGUUUAUCACAGACCUGCUGGCAGGAGCCCCCAGGCCUUUCAGACCCUCUCCACACCAUGCACAUCAAAAGGAGUCAGGGUGUGUCAGGGCCCUACUGCAGCCAAAAAGGCAAAUUAGAGAUCUGGGCUCUGGUCAAGGAGGGGAGAGACAGCCAAGAACUGAAAAUGGACGCUUUUUGGGUGAAACCAGAGAAGCAGCCAGGGCCAGCUGAGAGCACUGAGGGAUUGUGUCCGGAUGAGGAUGCUUUGGGAUCGAUUCCCCAGCAGUCAGAGCAUCCUGCCUUUGGAGGCAGAGGGGGAGGAACAUUUCCUGGAAAACCUCAGUCCAGUGCAGAGCAGGAUCUAGAAGACCUCUGUAAGGAGAAAGUCCUCUCUGACUCGCCUCCCUCUGCAUCCCUUGCCCGGCUGCCAUCCCUGAAAAAGCCAGUCAAUACCUUGGAUUUCCUUCCCUGGGCCCUGAGUGCUGAGGCCUGUGCGGGACGACCCUUCAGAGACUUCCUGCAGCACCAGAACAGGCCCAUGGAGACUCAUCUCCUGGACCUGUGGCACGACCUGGAGGAGUUUCUGCCCGUGGUGCUGGACUCCAACAGAGAAAACAGCUUCUUCCUGCGCCAUUUGAUUGGGGAAAAGAUCUGCAAGACCUACCUGGAGGAGAGCAGCAGUGAGAAGCUUCCCUUGGAGACCAGGACUCUCAUGAGUCUGUGGGACUAUCUGAUAAGUGGAGAAUUCUCCCCCUGGAUAUUCAGAGCCCAGAAGGAGAUUUGCAAGGUGCUCUGCAGCCUCUAUGAGGAAUUUCUGGCCGUCGAUGACAGGACGUUCCUCCAGUUUAUGGCUCCAGGGAUGGACGUCCCCAUGGCCGAGGUGCCAGGCCGUGCUGACAGCACAGGAAAACAUUUCCACCUGUCCCAGAGGAUGAACCAGUCCCUGAAGCUGAGCCAGGCCUUGCACGGCACCAGGAGCUUGGAGGAGGUCUCCUCCAGGCACUGGCAAUUGCUUGCUGCUCGGGACCUCCAGAAAGGGGGCUCCAUCCAGGCAGAGCUGGAGCUGCUCCUGGGCAGUGAUGAAUUACAGAGGAUUAUGGCAGAUGUGCAGGAUGUGGGUAGCCCAAGCAAGGAAGAGGAGCUUCUGCAGCUCAUGAGUACAGCAUUUGCUGUUGCAUCCGAGAGGAUUGCUAGAGAGAAUGCUGAUGCUGCUGCAAGGAAGAAGGCGUCUAGAAAACGCAGGUUUGAGGAGGAUGACGAGGAGGAUGAGGAAGAGGAGGAAGGCAUCCAUCAGAAGAAGAAGAAGAAGAAGAAAGAGCAGCAGACACAGAAGAAGAAACGGAAGCAGAAGGAGCAGCAGCAGCAGGAGGAGGAUUUGUUUCCCUGGAGCAAAAAGCCCAAGUCUAGGCGCCGCCAGCACGUGCAGGAAGAGGGAGCGGGACAGAGGAUGGGAUGGGCCUGGGAUGCCAUCCGGGAGCUUGUCGGGAGCUUCUGCAAGUUCCAGAGGGAGAUGAAAAAUCAAGAACGCCGUGCAGAAUUUGAGGAGUUUCUCCGUCAGGAGCGAAGAAACGAGAGGGAAAACUUGCCCAUCAAGGAGAAGAAGAAGAAGGGCAAAAGUCCCGCUAAGAGCUCCCGCUCCCGCAAGGGCAAAGCCCAGCCGCAGAAGGUGACGCUGGUAAAGCGCCGCAUUUUGGACAAACAGCUCGUCAUCAUCAGCUUCCUCGUCGAUGACCUCCGCUUUUACCUGGAGAUGGACAAGUUUUCCAGAUUGGCUGACUCCAUAGGAGCUGUGGCACUCCACAAGAUGCGGUCAGAAAGGCACGUCGCCUUUCUCAGAAAGAAACGUGAAAUCAUCAGCAGACUUUUCCUGAACUCUGAUCUCCCCCCCAAGCUGCGGGUCAACAUCUCUGAGAAAGAGAGGGAUUUAAUCUGCCGUCCAUCUUCCAAGGGGCCACUGACCCGGGCUAUCUACCACAAUGCCAAGGUCACCCUCUUCCCCAUCCUGAUGUACUUCUGGAGAAGGUUCUGCAUCUGGAAGGUGAUGAGGAGCUUUCGGGCCUACCAGGAGGACAAGAGCUCUGAGACCAAUGAGGAGGAUGGGAGCUUUCAGCUCACCAAGGGGGACAAGAGCUUCUUGGGCCAAAAGGAAGAGAAGAGAUCACAGGAGCCCAAGGGAGACAAGAGCUCCUGGGGCCAAAAGGAGGAGAGGAGAUCUCAGGAGCCCAAGGGAGACAAGAGCUCCUGGGGCCAAAAGGAGGAGAGGAGAUCUCAGGAGCCCAAGAGGGACAAGAGUUCCUGGGGCCAAAAGGAGGAGAGGAGAUCUCAGGAACCCAAGAGGGACAAGAGUUCCUGGGGCCAAAAGGAGGAGAGGAGAUCACAGGAACCCAAGAGGGACAAGAGCUCCUGGGGCCAAAAGGAGGAGAGGAGAUCUCAGGAACCCAAGAGGGACAAGAGCUCCUGGGGCCAGAAGGAGGGCAGAGUUCCAACCACUGCACGUCCUGGAAAAACCCCCUCCAAAGUACCCAAGAUCCCCGGUCCCAAGAAGCUGGUGGCCAUUCCCUCUGCUACACGUUAUGCUCCAGGUAGAAGGGCUGUCCUCAUCUUCACGCUGUCAGGCGGCCUCGAGCUCCUGCUGCCACGGCCCGAGAUGAUAAAGGAGCCUUCAGAGGAGGAAAAAGAUGCAGGUCCCAGUGAGGAGAAGAGGCCCUCACUCAGCGAGUCUGCUCCACAGGGCGGGAACGAAGAGAAGCUCAGCCCUCCCGAAACAGCACCCACACAGGUGGAAUCUGAGGAAGUUGAGCAGCCUGGACACAGGGAAUCAUCUGAAGUUUGUGAGCAAUAAGACCUAAAAAUAAAAGCAACUCACAGCAUCCUCCAGUUUACCUGGUGACAGCACACAACAGCUCACAGCUCUGCAGGGACUUGCUGUGACACGUAUUUCCAGCUGAAACACCACACAAAUCUCCCUCCUCACGUGGAUCUGCAGCAUGUACCUCAGCUCCUCACCUUUCCACACAAAUUAAACACUUCCUGUGGCUGAGAGAGCCCAUUUGGUUCCCUCACUCAGCUGGCUGCUGAGAAAAAUGCCUGUUUUGACAAAGCCUUUCUGAUUUUCCCACAAAAAUCAGCUCAUGUCUGACUGGGGCUUCAGCAUGCUUCUUUUUUUGGUGAAGUUUUGGUGUUUUGUUGGGGUUUUUUUUAAGCCAAUGUGUGUUUACAAAACACUAACCAAAUCAUAGCAAGGGCCUUAAUUUUCCCCAGGUGAAACUGAGUCAAAGUGACUUUGCCAAGUGACCAGGAAGCUGCAGAAAUCACAAAUAUUCUUUGGACCUCGUGAAGAAAAAAAACCACAACCUUUAUCAGUUUGUCAGAGGCAAGCUCUCAGCAUUGUCAUUUUGAGCUGUUUUUAAUUCUAGAUCCUAAAAGAAUGCAUCCUGGGAAUAACACCAGCUGCAUUUUAAGGCAUAUUUCCUAUUUAUCAGUUAUGAUUAUCAACACUUUGCCUCUGGAGGAUCAAAAAUACCCAAACCCAAGAACAUUUCUUUAACUGAAGGGCUUGGGAAGCUGAAAUGAAAUGUGACCAACUCUCAGAGCUGCUUUUAUGCUGGAAGUUUAUUUUGCCUCAAAAGUUUCAGCCCCGAAAUCUUGCUGUGUUUUUGUCAGCUUUUCACUAACACUCCUGAACCCACCUGAGCCCAGGUCCUCUAAGGCCUCACAGAUGUGCCUGAAGCUCAGCACAGCGAAACCACAGCUAAGUAAAGCCUUCACUCCA